AUGGUUUAACUGGGAAGUCACCAGUCAGUAAAGUUGCUUUAAAAGUAAUAAAUUGCAUAAAAACGGAUAAUUUUUGUGGGUUUUCGGCAGUCAACCUGGUCAGCUAGAAAGGCCUGGUGGUUGAGAGAGAUGACGACCAUGAUGAUGAUGGCGUCGAUGACAUCGUGGAGUGUCCUCUUCUUCUGGUGUUUCGUGGUCAACGUGAUCUCUGUCGUGCCUACUGUGAGCGCACUGUCCGAUCCAAGUAUACAAGAUGAUGUCCGUUUUCAGCAUCAGUUUCAAACAAAGGGUCGUAGAUUUGCAUUUGCUUUCAUUGACAACGGUCUAAAGCAACAUAUAGAUUUGGAUCAAGGGCCGAAGCUGACCAUUACUGCACUUCCAGGAGGUCCACAAAGCAUACGGGUCAACGUAUCCAUGCCUCUUCUGGGGUUCUUUGAAUCGGUGUCUAUUGUCGCCGGGUCACAGGUCAAUGUCCAGCUUCCUCUAUCUGCCAUAGCCCACGGAAUAGGAUUGCAUGACAAUGGUGUCCAAGUCGAAGCCAGUGAGGACGUAAUCGUCUAUGGGAUCGCAGAGGAGGGCCGUCACGCGAAAACCGAAGGGUUCCUGGCGCUUCCUGUGCCUGAUUCAACCUCAACCGGAAGUGAUUACACUGUUGUGGCGCUAGAGCAAAAGAAGGAUAAUGCAAGAAGGCAUUCGACGUUUGCUGUUGUUGCAGUUGAAGCAUGUUCGGUUACCGUUGAUGCAGUUGCAACAAUAACAUAUGGGAACGUGACCUACCAACCUAGGGAAACACUCAACGUAACCUUGGAGCCAUACCAAGUCCUACAGAUAAAGAGUUCGAGUGAUCUAACGGGAACAAGGGUUCAUUCAACGUCGCCUGUUGGAUUCAUGUCUGGUGUUGACUGUGGCACGAUGAAGCUAAGGAAGAAAGUUAAAAGCAGUUGUGGGCACUUGGUGGAACAGCUUCCACGCAAGAAAGAUUGGGGACAACAUUUCAUUUAUCGAACCCUCAAUGGCGGACCGAGCACACGUCGAAGCAGAGACCAGACCGAACCGGUUGACGACGUCAUAACCAGGAUCAAGAUCAUACCAGCUGAGGACGACACCCAUAUCGUGUACGGUACGGAUAAGGAACGUGUAGGUAACGAUCCCGACUUUGUGAUUUCCGGUAGCGAAACCAUUCACAUCACCGCUACGAAACCAGUCCUGGUAGUAGCAUUCGUUCUUUACCACGGUGCGUGUGAACGAUGCAAGAAGAUAUCCCCUACCAUGGUGACUAUUCCACCGUUGGCUCAACCUGCUAAUGGUGUCAUCUUCAGCACCGUAAACGCAACGGAAAGAAGAGGCAACGCGGAGAUAUCUCAUCUUCUCAGUGUCAUAUACGAUUGCGCAUGUUUCAGACGUCUGACCUGGGAAAAUCCUGGUCAGACCGAAGUGGUCUCGGAGGGUUUCGCAGCCAUCACUGAUCAGGUGUGCUGGAAUCAGUUCCGGGUGACACCGGGACGCUAUCAUUUGACCGCGACUCCAGAUCAAACUUCGUCGGCUUGCUUCCUAUCUGCCUUCUUGUUUGGGCAUGGGACGAACGGGGGAUAUGGUUUUCCUCUUGGACUUGACAGGUCAAGAAAUACACGUCCAGCUGAGAGAACUUUUCCAACUUCUGCAGUCGGAAGUGAGUUUUUCGUUGCCUUUGCUGCCUAUUUCAGAGGGAACCGAAGAGGCCCAAAGCUGUUCAUUCACCGUGCUUCUUCUGCAGAUGAUGACAGACCAAUCCGCGGUCAAAUCGACGCGGGCUCGUACUCUUUCAGUUUUGUCAUCCCCGUCGGCACACCAAGCAUCGAGAUUGAGCUGCUAACCACUGUUGUCCUUUACGAUACCCGUUCUGAGUCCGCACACCCCGUGGAAGUGAGAACGCAAGGCCAGGUCUUGGUGUAUGGACUUAACGAUGCAUUCAGCGAUGAACGGUCCGAUGCAUUCCUCGCUCUCCCGACCCCAAUGAUGGGGCAACAAUAUCGUCUUGUCACGUCAUAUGAAAAUACAAUCUUCGUUAUCAUCGGCAUCUACGAUGAUACUUUCGUCAACCUGGACUUGAAAGGGAGCCUAUGGUUCAGGAAUCAUGUUCAUUAUGGUGGCACACGCGCGGGUUUCAAGAUCAGACGUCACCAGGCACUUUUCUUUAUGUCCGUUGAACACCAAACAGGAACCCACGUUGUUGCAAGUAAGCCAAUAUCUGUCUUGUCGGGUGCCACUUGCGGGCAUUCUUAUUACCCUGACAAUCACGACGAAAACGACUCACGUUGCGGACAUAAGCUUGAGCAUCUACCCCCUGUAGAACGAUGGGGACGUCGUUUUGUUGCAUCAGCUUGGCGGGGUUACGGCGGUGGGGAGGUGACGACCUAUGUGAUGGCUUCCAGUAAGCACACGAAGCUCAGAAUCGAUAACGGUGAGGACGAGGUUCAGAUCCCACCAGGUCACACAUACAGGCUCUACCAGGGUGGUACAAGAAGUACGCACACUCUCAUCACUUCAAAUCAGCCCGUUUUAGUCUACCAAGUUCCGAACUCACGCAAUCUCACUCACAGCUCAGGCUACUCGCUUCCCAGUUUGACGAUUGUUCCAAGCGUAGAUGAACCCGCCGAGCACGACCAAUCCCUGCGCAGGUCUAUCCCAUUGCCCGUCUUUAAUCUCCGACGUCGAAACACAACCACCAGCUUUGCCAACGUCGUUGCUCCAUGUGCAGCAACAUCGAACAUCACUCUGAAUGGUCAUCACCUGGAACCUUCUGAAUGGUCCGGACCAAUUGCGCAGUCAGACUUGUGCGUCAUGCGGAAGCAGCUACAAGGUGAUGACAACAGUUUAGACGCAGGUGGUGCCAAGGUAUCCGUGGUGCUCUAUGGCUUCUCCCCCGCUUCUGGUUAUUCAUGUCCUGGAAAUAUGUGAGUGCAUCAUUCUAGGCCUUCUUACGAAGAUUUCGGAUUGACCCCCAUCAAUCGCAAUCAUGAAAACCCAUCGACACCAUCAUCUAGGAUGCAUAAUUAUAACCGUUGAAAAAUGUUCUCUCAAUGUGUCGAACACUCCUUCAUGCUUACCAAUCAGUCGACAUUUUUGUUAAUAAAGCGACAGCGCGAAUACCUCGAUUAUUGAUAGCUUGCCAAAAUUGAGAUCGAUUGGGUCAAAUGCAGCUCUUUGGAAGAAAAAAACCCAGAGGCGGGUGUCCACAAAGAGUUUAAAGGCCACCGCACACCUUACGACUGGUCCACGGUCCGAUUUUGGAACAAAACGCAUUUUGCUGAUUUUCUAAGAAUGUGAAUGAAAAGUAUCUACUGUUGGAAUAGUAACAUAACAUUUUUUUAAUGAUUGCAAGCCUUUAUUUUAGAGCAAAGGCUAAAUAAGUUUUGAAACUUAGCCAAUCGUACAAUUGCUAUGACGUCAUUACGACAAGAUAUUCAAUUCGCUUUUACUCUUAUAAGGAUGAUACUAUGAUUAGCAUAAUUACCUAUUUGAACAUAGGUAUUAGUACGAUGAUUUAGAGCACUACACGAUGAGAUUUGGCCAAUACAGUGAUGCCUUCUAUACCGCGCUCAAAUUCAAGUGCAAUAGACUUUAUGCAAGUCUAUUUUCGGUCCCUAAUACCUUGGUCACAUUUGCUCUACGGCGGCCGUACGGCGAGUCGAAAACAGCCGUUUUAUUAAUUUUGAUUCAAACAACCUAAAUGUAGUUGGACAAAAAAUGUUAAAACGGCUGUUUUCGACUCGCCGUACGGCCGCCGUAGAACAAAUGUGACCAUGGUAUUAAUUAGUCAUAAAUCUUGAAAGUAAUUGCGAAUAUCGCGUUUGAUUGUUAAUCUUGAAACAAGGAGAGUAGUCUGAUUUGCUACAGUUAAAAUUGAUCUAUCAGUUUCAAAAUCGCAACACAAUAUUUGCAUUUGAUUGCAAAUAUUUUCUAGCAACACCCCCUAAAUAAGUCACACUUAACUCUUUGGAAAGACCCCCGGAGUAUUUUACUAACACAGACAUUGACUUGUUACUAGUUGAUAAUGAUAUUUAGCAGAUAGGCCCUAGGUUAGUAGGUUUCAUUUAGAAAAUUAUUAUCAACAAAGACGGUGAGCUUCAACCAGAAUCAGCAUGGUAAGAAAAGGACAAAACAUGAGUUGUUUGAAAAGCGUAUAGGUCCAUCGUGUCCAUGAAGCUACAUCGGCGAAAGGAUUGUGGGGUAUCGCUUUUGAUUUUUUUUUCGGAAUGUCUUUUCAAAGACGAUCGAUUCGUCGCGAUACGCUUGUUCACACUCACCACCUUUAUUGUUUUUGUAGUUGAUCACAUCACCAUGUACAUGCUUAUAAUUCACGCAUAUGCCCAAUUUCUUAUGAAGCAAGAAACAAAUUUGUCAAGUAAUGCAAUUCUGCACAUGGCCCUGGGAAGCAGGGAUGCUGAAGCACCCCUCAAGGUUUUCCAGGGGGUGUUGCGUAUGUUAUUUACCAUAGGCAGUAUCCCCUUGGAAAUCGGGUUGACAAGCCCCAAAAAAGGUUAUAGCUCCCAAAUGACGGAGAUUUUAGGAGCACUAGCUUUAUCUUUUUAGGGGGGUUGCAUUUCAAAAAAAUUCUCACUAAAAUCCCCUUUAUCUUGGAGUGAAACCUUUUUCUGGACAAAUUUCCCAACACCCCCUAUUUAAAAAUCGUUCCCAGGGCCCUGAAUCUGCAUAAACUUUUUUGUAUGAAAUAUAAUUUGUCAGAAACCUGUCCCUUUGAGCCCCUUCACAUUAUGCAGAAUUGACUCUUGUAAAAGUUGCUGGAUCGAGGAUGAAAUAUAUAAAAUAAGUAGUUCUAAC